AUGGCAAAUUGCAACAAUAGAUUCUGGGAAAAUGUGGACACAAACAUUGGGAAUAAGACAUGGCAGGCUAUAUCUAAUAUGGGAGUGGUUAGCAGCAACAUCAAUAUUGAUUAUCAAAAGAAGAUUGAAGAGAUGGAAAUGUUAGAUAAAGCUAGGAUGGUUAGCAAGAAGGGGAGGGCUGGAAUUUUCUUAAUUCAAGAAACGAAGUUAGAGGAGAUUGAUAGCAGGCUGAUUGGUUCUUUGUGGCAGAAGGAUGACAUUGGUUGGUCGUACGCGGGUGCUGUUGGCAGUAAAGGGGGUUUGUUAACAAUGUGGAGGGCUGACAUAUUCGAGGAAAUUCUGAGUUUUAAGGGGGAUGGAUACCUGGGUAUUAAGCUGAGUUGUAAUGGGUGUUUCUUCUAUGUCGUUAAUAUUUAUUCUUCGUGCAACAUGCAGCAAAAGAAGGCGCUGUGGUGUGCUAUUCUUAAGCUGAGGACGAAAUUUUCUGAUGCGCCGUGGGUCUUAGCUGGUGAUUUUAAUGCUGUAGCUUCUGAGUCCGAGAGGAAGGGAGUAUCUUCGGGCAGUAGGAGGGCGGAAGAGGCAGGAUUUUCCAGCUUUGUGGAAUCGGUGGAUCUUGUGGAUUUACCUUGUAAGGGUAAAAGGUUCACAUGGUAUAGCGGUAACGGGUUGUCUUGCAGUAGGAUUGACCGUUUUCUGGUGUCCGAAGAUCUGAUCGCAGAUUGGGGUUUAGUUGGACAAUACAUCGCUAGUAGGGAUAUUUCGGACCACUGUCCUGUUUGGCUAAUGGUGGACAAGGAAAAUUGGGGUCCCAAGCCUUUUGUUUUCAACAAUGGGUGGUUCGAUAAUAAACUGUUCAAGCCUUUUGUUGAGUCUGUUUAG